CGCCGAUCGUGGACGGGUUUUCCGUGUGCUCCCGUUCGCUAGCAACCGUGUGUUGGAUGUCGCCCAGCUGCCAGUUGGCAAUAGUGGAGGUGUCGCGCUAGCAGCCAGCCGUGCUGCCAGGUGCAGUGGUUUGAUCGAAUCCCGGCCCAGCCUCCGUGGUGGAUGGUGUGAUGUGGUGAUCCUUGGUGUGAUGCUGCGGCCGCGAACGUGCCAGUGAGUGAAUUACAAAAAUAGCGUUGCGAAAGUGCCACCGAGAAAUGGCAGAGAAAUGUCACCCGUACGGCCAUCGCGCCACCAGCAAACACGUCCUUCAGACGUCCAUACCGUGGUAGGCAACUAUCUAGCUGUGAAGGCGCGUCCGGGCGCGGAAGCAAAAAAAAAAAAGAAAUAAAUAAGUGCAGUGAAAAGUGAUGAAAAGCGGUUGCUUGUCGCUCAAGCAGGCACGCUGAAUCCGUUUCCUUUCUCUUUCUCGUUCUCUCUCUCUCUCUCUCUCUCUUUCUCCUUCUACUUUCUCCUGCACUCUCACACCGUAUAUGUUCAACGCCUUCGGUGAUCGCCGAUUGUUGUCGGGGCGAAGGUGCGCGAGUGUAUAUUUAUGAAUAUGUGCCCGGUGCUUGCGUGCUGAAGGAAUGGUAAAUUGGCAUUUUUGGAGCGUGCGGCUUUAGCUAUUUUUGGUGGUAUGUGAAUCUGUGAGUGCGUGCUGUGUGUGUGUGUGUGAGACACGCGCGUACGUGGGUGUGUGCGCGCGCGAGGUUGUUUGUGUGGAGAAAAAAAAGAGAAGAAAAAGAAACAAACCAAGGAAAACGCAACGUCGGGAAAGCCGCACGAACGGUCGAACGGACGGUGUGUGUGUGUGUGUGUGUGUGUGUGUGCCGCAGGAAGGAAGGAAGUGCCAUCGUCCCAGCCGCGUCCGAGAAAACUUCAAACUGAACCCAUACAACACUAAAGGAAAGAAAGCUCCAAGAAGUAACCACCAGGCUUGUUGGCAAUUCAUCAGCACGGCAACUCUUCAACCAGCUCGCUGAACCAGCCGCGAUGAAUGCGAGAGCUUCUGUCGAACUUCUGGCGGAAAAUUAAUGAUCAAUAAAUCGAAGAUGAAGUGCCAUUGAACCUUCGUCUACGUGAGAAAAUUGAGUUGGGUACCGUGAUAAAAUAAAUCCUCCUCCAGCCCACGGUCAACUGUUAGCAAAAGCACACGUGUCAGUGUAUUGAAGGCCCCGGACACAGAAGAGGCCCACACCUCUCGGCUGCGUCGAAGGGCGUCGCCCUUUGUAUGAUGAAUCCUUCCAACGAUGACUCGCCAAAGCACAUGGUCUCGUCCGCGUCAUCGUCCCACCUGCAGUCGGCUGCGGCUCUGCUGGUGUCGUCGCUUGGUUUUGCUGACCGCGUCGCGGCCUCAGCCGGUGACUACUUCAAUCAGAGUGUCCGCGGACGGGACGGUGUUGGGUCACUGGCGGCACCAUCGCAGGCGUCGGCGGCUGCUGGAGCCAUGCUGGAAAGUGCCGCUGCCAGCGCGGAUACACUCGCCGUGUUUGACGCGUCCGGAAGCAGCAUAAUGUUGCAGGGCUUCUCGUCAACUGCGCCCAUUGCCAGCACGGUCGAGGCCACGGUGGAUGACGCCAUUGGGGGUGGAGCUGAUGGGGGUGUGGUUGGUGAUGGGAGCGGUGAGUGGAUUGAUGUGGUGCUGCUGGUGCUGAAGGCUUCCAUCAUGAUGUUCAUCAUUGUGGCGGCCAUCUUCGGCAAUCUGCUCGUCAUCAUCUCCGUCAAGCGCCACCGGAAGCUAAGGGUAAUCACGAACUACUUCGUCGUUUCGCUGGCCAUGGCCGACAUCAUGGUGGCGAUGAUGGCCAUGACAUUCAACUUUAGCGUACAAAUAACGGGAAGCUGGAAAUUCGGGUCGUUCAUGUGCGACGUGUGGAACAGCCUGGAUGUUUACUUCUCCACCGCCAGUAUACUUCAUCUGUGCUGUAUUUCAGUGGAUAGAUAUUACGCCAUAGUGAAACCACUUAAGUAUCCGAUAAGCAUGACGAAGCGAGUCGUAGCGAUAAUGUUAUUAAAUACAUGGAUAUCACCAGCGCUGUUGUCAUUCGUUCCGAUCUUUGCCGGUUGGUACACCACGGAGGAACACAAGAAGGAGACCCUGCUGAACCCGAACAGCUGCCUGUUCAUAGUCAACAAGCCGUACGCGGUCAUCUCGAGCUCCAUCUCGUUCUUCAUCCCGUGCACGAUCAUGGUGUUCACGUACUUCCAGAUAUUCCGCGAGGCCAACCGGCAGGAGAAGCAGCUGGCCCUUCGGCAGGGCACCGCCAUGUUGAUGCACCAGCACAAUGUGGGUGGUGGUGCUGGGGGUGGUAGUGGUGGGGGUACCAAUGGGGAGGCGCUCAGUGGAAGUGGCUCCUCGAAAACGCUCACUCUGCACGAGGUGGACGCCGAACAGACGCCAACCAAGGACCGGCAUCUGAUUAAGAUGAAACGCGAACAUAAGGCGGCUCGGACGCUUGGCAUCAUCAUGGGGACGUUCAUUCUCUGCUGGUUGCCGUUUUUCUUGUGGUACAUCAUCACAUCGCUGUGCGAUAAAUGCCCAAACCCGGACAUUGUCAUCGCACUAGUGUUCUGGGUCGGUUACUUCAACUCAACGCUCAACCCGCUCAUCUACGCCUACUUCAACCGAGACUUCCGGGAAGCGUUCCGGAACACGCUCAACUGCAUGUUCUGCGCCUGGUGGCGCCGUGAAACAUCCCCGCUCGACAUUAACGUACGCCGGGCGAGCCUUCGGUACGAUUGCCGGGCCAAGAGCGUCUAUUCCGAGAGCUAUCUGCGGCCAUCUUCCCAGACGGAUCGCUUCCACAGCGAGAUCGGUGAGAGCCUGUAA